AGCGGCUUCAUUUCGAAUUUGGAAUUUAGCGGCGACGCUCUAAUUUCUUUAAUUGUUAAUUGUGUUAAGUGUUUAGCUAGUCGUUGUGUUAAUGGGCUACUAAGUCCGCUGCGUGCCCGUUUUUGUUUAGUGCAAGUGUUUUUUAUAUUUUUGCAGCGAUGAGCGCCUUUGAGAUCACAGUGACGCCUUCGCGUUUAAAGCAAAAGAAGCGCGCCGAAGGACGCGAGCCCGCCGUGGUGGUCAUGGCUCCAUUCUCCGCCAAGGCAAUUGUGCAAUUCGAGGAUGUGCCGGUAACCAAGACAGCAAAGCGCCAGGUGCGCGUCCUCAAUCCUAGUGAUGAGGACAUUGAGGUCAGGGUAAUGAAGGCCAUUCCGGAAGAGCACAAUUUGACCCUUGAGUGGAUGGAGCAUAUAGUGCCCUCCAGGGAUGAAGUUUCCAUGGAGCUGGUUUGGAGCCCACAAAUAGAGGUGGCGUGCAAGGAGACGCUGCAGUUGAUUGACAACCGUAACUUUCGCAAAGAAGUGAUGAUUAUACUCAAGUCCAAGAGCAACCAGCCGGUCAAGAAUACGCGGAAAUUUCCCUCCGUCGGUAAGACCCUGCAGCUGAAAUCACCAACAGGAGCUAACAAAAUGAAGAGCAUGGUCACUGCUGCUGUGCAACAAAAAAAGCGACUGUCUGCUGCAGCAGCUCCUCCCUCCAAGCAACCUUGGCGUGUGCCUGCUCCUGCACGUCCGGCUGCCCGACCAAAGACUGCUGCGCAGGCUCCUUUAGUGGAGAAGAAUGUUUACAAGCCACCGCAGAAAGAGUCUGUCUACAUAUCACCACAACCGCGUAGCCUCAAGGAGAACCUAAGUCCCAUGACACCAGGAAACCUUCUAGACGUCAUAGACAACCUCCGGUUUACACCUCUAACCGAGACCCGUGGAAAAGGAUUAUCUGUCAUAUUGCCAGACAAUCUGGCCGCCUGGCCCACACCAACACUCCCAGGCAAUAUAAAAGCAAGUACGAAUGAUAUGCGACCGCGUCGAAUAACUCCAGAUGAACUAGAAGAUCAGCCUGCCACUAACAAAACCUUUGAUAUAAAGCACUCCGAGACAAUCAACAUUUCGAUGGAUGCUUUGGAUUGCUCCAGGGGCGAAGGACAAAUACACUUAAACAAAACAACCACCAUUGUUCAUGCCACACAAAAUCGAGCUCUUGCCUGUAUUCGCGAGGAGGAGGGGCCUAGUCCACCGCGCACGCCUACGAAGUGUAUUGUUCACGACCUGAAGAGGGACAUCCAGUUGGUAGGCUCACCAUUGCGAAAGUAUUCCGAAUCCAUGAAAGAUUUGUCACUGCUAUCUCCGCAAACAAAGUUUGCUAUCCAAGGCUCAAUGCCUAAUCUGAAUGAAAUGAAGAUUCGCUCUAUCGAACAAAAUCGCUACUACCAGGAGCAGCAGCCACAGAUGAAGGGUAAAGACUUGAAUAGCUCUUCCAGUAGCGAAGUUAGCUUACUGGGUCAGCAGGAGUUCCUGUUUAAUCACAACGAAAUCCUCGCUCAAUCCAGUCGUUUUAAUCUCCAUGAAGUUGGUCGCAAGUCACUCAAAGGUAGUCCAGUAAAGAAACAGAAUCCCCACAAGCGUCGGUCUCAUGAGCUAAGUUUCUCGGAUGCUCCAAGCAAUGAAUCCCUACACCGCAAUGACACAUUGACCAUCUCCCCGCCCAAAAAGCAACGAGUGGAGGACACCACUUUGUCAAGGUGUGCAGCGCCGGCCAAUGCAUCCGCCCGAAGCAGUAGCGCUCAUGCAUGGCCACACGUCCAAUCCAAGAAGUUUAAGUUGGCACAGACAAUGUCGCUGAUGAAGAAAACCACUACACCUCGAAAGGCCAGAGAUUCUGUAGUUCAGGCUCCUGUUAAACUUUACGACUCGGAACUUUAUAUGCAAACGUACAUCAACCCAGAUCCGUUUGCGGCCACCACCACUAUGGAUCCCUUCCUGGCCUCCACCAUGUAUCUGGACGAACAAGCUGUGGAGCGCCACCAGACUGACUUUAAAAAGUGGCUCAAUGCUCUGGUUUCCAUACCCGCUGAUCUGGAUGCGGAUUCGAAUAGCAAAAUUGACGUUGGUAAGCUGUUUAACGAGGUGCGUAACAAGGAGCUAGUGGUAGCUGCCACCAAGGAGGAGCAGUCCAUGAACUACCUCACAAAAUAUCGGCUGGAAACAUUGCGUCGGGCAGCCGUAGAUCUGUUCUUUAGUGAACAGAUGCGCCUUCCCUGCUCAAAGGUGGCUGUAUAUGUCAACAAACAAGCGCUGCGCAUUCGCAGCGAUCGGAAUCUUCACCUGGACGUGGUUAUGCAGCGUACUAUCCUGGAGCUUUUGCUCUGCUUCAAUCCUCUCUGGCUGCGGCUUGGACUGGAAGUGGUCUUCGGGGAGAAGAUCCAAAUGCAGUCCAAUCGUGACAUUGUAGGUCUCAGUACCUUUAUCCUCAACCGCUUGUUCCGGAAUAAGUUCGAGGAGCAGAGAUACAGCAAGGCCUAUACUCUUACAGAGGAGUACGCGGAGAACAUUAAAAAGCACUCUCUGCAGAAGAUUCUCUUUCUUCUACUUUUCCUUGAUCAGGCAAAGCAGAAGCGCAUCGUGAAACAUAAUCCUUGCUUGUUUGUUAAGAAAUCGCCACACAAGGAGACCAAGGACAUUCUGCUGCGCUUCUCCUCAGAAUUGCUUGCUAACAUUGGAGACAUCACCCGGGAGUUGCGUCGCCUGGGCUAUGUACUUCAGCACCGACAGACCUUCCUAGACGAGUUUGACUACGCCUUUAAUAACCUAGCUGUGGAUUUGAGGGAUGGCGUUAGGCUAACCCGCGUCAUGGAGGUGAUCCUUCUACGUGAUGAUCUCACCCGGCAGCUGAGAGUACCAGCCAUCUCUCGUCUGCAACGGAUCUUCAAUGUAAAGCUAGCUCUGGGAGCGCUCGGUGAAGCUAACUUUCAGCUGGGCGGCGAUAUAACUCCCGCAGACAUCGUGGACGGGCACCGCGAGAAGACCCUUUCGUUGCUCUGGCAGAUUAUCUACAAAUUCCGCUCGCCCAAGUUCCAUGCAGCGGCCACUGUGCUGCAAAAAUGGUGGCGUCGCCGGUGGUUGCACGUCGUUAUCCAGCGGCGCAUUCGCCACAAGGAACUGAUGCGUCGUCAUCGGGCCGCUACUAUCAUUCAAGCUGUAUUCCGUGGCCACCAGAUGAGGAAGUACGUCAAGUUGUACAGGGCGGAACGCGUCCAAGCUGCUAUAAUCCUUCAGAAGUUCACACGCCGCUAUUUGGCCCAAAAGCAGCUAUACCAGAGCUAUCACAGUAUCAUAACCAUCCAACGUUGGUGGCGUGCUCAACAGCUGGGAAGACAAUGUCGACAGCAGUUCCUGGAACUGCGCCAGGCGGCAAUCUUCCUGCAGCGCAUAUGGCGGCGACGCCUUUUCGCAGAGAAGCUAUUGGCAGCAGCGGCCACAGCUCGACUCCAGCGUUCCCAAAAGCAACAAGCAGCUGCCAGCUAUAUCCAAAUGCAGUGGCGAAGCCAUCAGUUGGGCAAAAUUCAGCGGCAGAAGUUCUUGCGCCAGAGGAAGCUUAUCGUGUUCGUCCAGCGGAGAAUGCGGAGCAAGUGGAGUAUGUUAAAACACCGAAAGGAGUUCCAGCAACUGAAACAAGCUGCUAUCAACAUUCAGCAACGCUGGCGAGCUCUGCUGUCCAUGAGGAAGCAGAGGGCUGACUACUUAUCACUCCGCUCAAGCGUCCUUAAAGUUCAAGCACAGAGGAGAGCCACAAUCAAAAUGAGAAUCGAACGCAAUAGCUACCAAAUCCUCCGAAGAAAUGUCAUCUGCUUGCAACGGCGCUUAAGGGCCACAUGGAAAAUGCGCGAAAGCCGGGAAAAGUAUCUACAGCUUCGUAGUUCCACAAUACUUAUUCAAAGACGUUAUCGCCUGCUUCAACAGAUGAUCAAGGAUCGCAAUGCUUACCUAAGGACCCGUCAAUGUAUCGUCAAUGUCCAGAGACGCUGGCGAGCCAAUUUGCAGAUGCGUCGCGAAAAGGAAAACUAUCUUCAGCUUCUAUCCGCUACCAGAUUUAUCCAAACCAAAUAUCGUGCCAAGCUUAAAAUGAAAAAACAACGAGAAAAGUACCUCCAACUCAAAAAGGCUGCUAUUAUAGUUCAGCAGCGUCGGCGGGCAUUGCUACUGAUGCGAAAGCAACGCGAGGAAUACCUGCAUCUACGCGAGGUGACCAUCAAGCUUCAACGCAGGUUCCAUGCCCACAAGUCAAUGAGAUUCAUGCGAGCAAAGUACCGCGGCACCCAGGCCGCUGUAAGCUGUUUACAGAUGCAUUGGCGUGGGCAUCUGCUUAGGAAAAAGGAACGUAGUCGUUUCUUGAUGCUGCGGCAGGCAGCUAUAACAUUGCAGCGACGUUACCGAGCGCGCCUGAGCAUGAUCAGUCAAUCACAGAGCUUUAACCAGCUAAAACAGGCAGCUAUUUGUAUUCAAAAAAGAUAUAGAGCAAAGAAGGAAAUGCAAAAACAGGCAUUAAUAUACCAAAAGCAAAGGGAAGCAAUCAUCAAAGUACAGCAAAGAUACCGCGGCAAGUUGAAAAUGAGGAAACAGAUGGAAGUGUACCAAAAGCAACGGCAGGCAGCCAUCCGCUUGCAAAAAUGGUGGCGAAGUGUGCGCGAAAUGCGUCUGGUUAAAGAGGGUUACCGCAGGAUUCGACUCAGUUCCUUGAGCAUUCAGCGAAGGUGGCGAGCCACAGUGCAGGCUCGUCGACAGCGCCAGAUUUUCCUGGACACUAUCCACAAAAUUCGACUUAUGCAGACAUUUAUCAGAAGUACUCUGCUUAUGCGUCAGCAACGAAAGGAAUUCGAGGUGAAGCGAGCGGCUGCCGUGGUGUUGCAGCAGCGGUUCCGUGCCCGUUGUGCCAUGUUAAAGGCACGUCAGGAUUAUCAGCUAAUCCAGUCUUCUGUGAUCUUUGUGCAGCGUAAAUUCCGUGCUAAUCGCAGCAUGAAGCAGACGCGCCAAGAGUUUAUCCAUCUGCGUACUGUUACCAUCCACCUGCAACAAAAGUUCCGCGGCAAGCGUCUGAUGGUGGAGCAACGCAAUAGCUUCCAACUACUCCGUCGCUCCAGUCCAGAUUUUCAGGCCCAUGCCCGUGGCUUCAUGGCUCGAAAACGUUUCCAGGCCCUUAUGACACCUGAGAUGAUGGAUCUAAUACGACAGAAGCGCGCUGCCAAGGUUAUACAGCGCUACUGGCGUGGCUAUCAGAUCCGUCGACGCCAAAAACACCAGGGACUUUUGGCCAUCCGACGACGUAUUGUCCAGCUACGGCAGGAGGCAACGGCGGUGAACUCUGUGCGCUCAAAAGUCCAGGAAGCGGUGAAAUUCCUUCGAGGACGCUUUAUCGCAUCAGAUGCCCUAGCUGUCCUUAGUCGGUUGGAUCGUCUUUCUCGCACUGUGCCGCAUCUGAUGAUGUGGUGCUCGGAGUUCAUGUCCACGUUUUGCUAUGGGAUCAUGGCUCAGGCGAUUCGUUCAGAGGUUGAUAAGCAGCUUAUCGAGCGUUGCAGCCGGAUCAUCCUGAAUUUGGCCCGAUACAACAGUACCACGGUAAAUACGUUCCAAGAAAGUGGUUUGGUAACCAUUGCCCAGAUGCUGUUGCGCUGGUGCGACAAGGACAGCGAAAUAUUCAACACUCUGUGCACCCUCAUUUGGGUAUUCGCUCACUGCCCCAUGAAGCGAAAGAUCAUUCACGACUUCAUGACCAACUCGGAGGCGAUUUACAUGGUGCGCGAAACAAAGAAAUUAGUGGCCCGAAAAGAGAAAAUGAAGCAGAAUGCCCGCAAGCCUCCGCCUGUGACAACUGGACGUUAUCAAACACAGAAAAUGAACUUCACUCCGUGUUCCGUGCCCAGCCUGGAACCGGACUUUGGCAUCAUCCGCUACAGACCCUACACAUUCAUUUCGUCCGUUUACGCUUUCGAUUCCAUCCUGUGCAAGCUACAGGUCGACAUCUUCUAGUUCUAGUUAUAAUCACCGAUAAAUGUUAAAUGUUUGAAACGUUUUUGUGUUGUGUUAAAAAAUAGUGACAUAAAUUAGUAGACCGAGAUAGUUUUACCGAGACAAUCGAACAUAAAAUAUAAGACAAUUUAAAAAUGUAAAAUACGAGGAUAAGAUAACAUGUAAAUGCCUGAAGCGAAUAUUGUAACUGAUAGUUUAGUAAGUUGUUUUUAUGAGAACCCCAAACAAUGCUAAGAAAUAAAUAAAGAAGACGAUUGAAAGUCAAA